AUGCUCGGUGGUCAAAAUUCAUCCACCACCGCCGUCGCCGAGCAACAGCAGGACCCCGACAAUGUCGACUCCGACUUUGUCGUCAUCCUCGCCGCCCUUUUAUGUGCCCUAAUCUGCGUCCUCGGUCUGGUCGCAGUCGCUCGCUGCACCUGGAUCCGUCGGAUCUCCGGCAUAGUCAUUAUCGGUCGUACAGAUCACUCUCCACCAGCGGCAGCAAACAAAGGUCUAAAGAAAAAAGUCCUCAAAGCUCUCCCGAAGCUCACCUAUUCCACAGAAACAAUGGCGGAGAAAUUCCCCGACUGCGCUAUCUGCUUGACGGAAUUCGUCUCCGGUGACGAGAUCAGAGUGUUGCCGAGGUGCGGACAUGGUUUCCAUGUCAUGUGCAUUGACACUUGGUUCGGAUCUCACUCCUCGUGUCCGUCUUGUCGCCAGAUCUUAGUAGCUCCGCCGAGAUGUAAGAAAUGCGGUGAAGUUCCCGGCGGUGAAUCCACUGCAGCUCAGACUGCGAAUCAUAUAUCAACAAAUGCUUCAAUCGACAGGUUUUUGCCCUAG